AUGGGUUCAUCGGCUGGAUUUCUCGUCUAUUCAGGCGUCAUGCCUCUCAUUAAGACAUAUAUCUCAAUUGCACUCGGAUACAUCCUGGCGAGGAAAGGUCUAUUCCCACCAGAAGCAUCCCGAGGAGCGUCACAAGUGACUAUGAACGUUUCCCUCCCUGCACUCAUCUUUGCGAACAUCGUACCCGCUUUCACGCCCGCCAACGUCUCUGCCCUCGGACCCCUCUUCCUUACCGCCUUCACCUACCAGAUCAUCGGCUUUACCCUCGGCCUUCUAAUCCGUGAGUUCUUCUAUGUGCCCCGCAACUUCUACCAGGGCAUCGUCGUCCUCACAGGCAUGAGCAACUGGGGAAACCUACCUAAUGCCGUCGUCAUGUCCGUCAUGGCCCAGGCACCCUUUAACCCAAGCACGGAUCCAGCGUUGGGCGUGUCAUUCGUGUCGAUCUUCAUCGUCUCCUACCACCUCGUUUUCUGGGUGGCUGGCGCGGCGAACUCCCUCUCCUGGGAUUACCGCCCCGGUGUACCGCAAGGCGAAGCGGCUGAGCUGCGUGUGUCUUGGAAAGAAAAGCCCAUUGGCGGCUUCAUCGCACGACACAUUCUCAAGCUCUCCGUAACCCAUCCGACACCCGAGAAGCAUGAUAACACACUCCAGCCUGAGCAUCGUCCCUCCAUCGAGAAGGUGCCCGUCGACCAUGACAUCGAGAAGGGUACGCCAGAGGUGGCACCCCAGCCAUUCGAGAACACACCCCACGAGCUUGAUCCAGACGUUCAGCUUGCCCGACGAACCUCGCGCCUUUCGGCAAGCUCCUUCCGCUCGCGGCAUCCAUCCACCUCGCUCGGCCACGGGCCCUCUAUGGCCGUCGUCCCUCCUGCGCCCCCACCAUCCCCCUCACCGUCCUCAAACGCCCAUGUCGCCGCGCACUCGGCAGAGGAUACCGAGCCAGAGACAGCGCUGCCUAGCUUACGCGCGCGCGUUCUUCACAUGUUGCGACCGCUCUCCGUCAUCGUGACACCCAUUACGAUCACGCUCGCGAUAUCGCUACCCGUCGCGCUUAUCACGGACCUAAAAGCGCUGUUCGUGAAUGUCACUGCCGAGGGCGGGCCAAAUUGGCACGGGCCCGACGGGCAGCCCCCGCUCGCAUUCGUCAUAGAAACCGCUGAAUUCCUUGGCGCAAUCGCCGUUCCGCUUGCGCUGGUUCUCCUCGGCGCUUCCUUCGCACGCAUUACUGUGCCGCGCCCGCUCUCGCGGCUACCGAUCGCUGCGAUGUUUGCCGUGAGCGCGUGCAAACUGUUUCUGCUACCCGUUUGCGGCGUAUUCAUGGUGCAGGCGAUGGUCCGCGGCGGGCUCAUACCGCGCGAGGCAAUCGCGGAGCGUUUCGUCGCGAUGUUCCUCAGCGGAACACCGGCGGCGGUCAACCAGCUGAUUGUGUCGUCGCUGUAUGCGCCCGGGGGAGAGGUCGAUACACUGUCUGCUUUUCUCCUUGUACAAUACGUCCUCAUGUUUAUCUCCAGCGCCGCCCUCACAGCCGUCGCUCUCCUACUCAUCUGA